CUCACUUCCUGCAGGCUCCUCAAAGUGCGCCUGCGGACAUCUGCGCUGCUAAGAGUCAGCCUGACAUGUUUCAGGAGGGAAGUCAGUCAGAAAACUCCUCAGCAGAGAGUUUAAUGUUCUGUAAAGCGGACCGGACUGCUUUCUGACUGCUGGUGAAGUUUCAGGUGCAUGUGAGGCUGCGACAACAGGAAGCGAGACGGAGCGGCUCACACUGAACUGAAAGCUGCUGCGGGGAAAGAAGCUCCGACGCACCAUGUUCCUCAUCCCUGUGUGAACUGAGACGAUGUCGAGCUGCUCCUCCUCGGUGAGGAGGCGAGCCUGGAUCAACAGCAGCCGCCACUGGUCCACUCUGGAGGACCCCGAUGGGCCGCUGUGCGAUGUCCCGUCUGCCUCAGUCGUGGACGACGACGUCUUUUCAGAUGGAUGCUUCACAGGGAAGAUUGAGGACUGGUUGCUUGGUUGUGGGUCAAAUUCCAGCACAGAAAACAGCACUUAUCUAAGUUUUGAGUCAGUGCAACAAGCCGGCAGCUUUACCGAUGACCUGAGUCUUGGAGCUGAUGCUUCUGUGUUAAAUGGAGGAAAAGCUACAACUAAACCUUGUUUGAAGCAACAGCCUUCAUUUGAACGACGCAGGAGGUUUCCCAGCAGUUCACGUCAGAAGGGUUUAUGUCCGCCGUCUCUGAACUUGGGUCACAGCAUUGCCUCCAGCUGUCUCUCCUCCUCCACCUGGAAGUCAACAUCAAGUGUAUCAGAAAUCUUGGAUCUGUACUCGGAGGAUGUGGAGGAAACCCUCUUUGAUCUGGGCUUCGGCUGUGAAGAGCCACAGGUCACCGUGCGGAUUCCUCCUCGGUUCUUCACCUUUCCCUCUCAGGCUCGGGGCAUCAACUUCCGCCUCUUCCUGGACUCACAGCUCCGUCGAAUUAGAGAGGAGGACCCCAGUCUUUCUCUCGCCAGUCGCUUCAGACAAGUACAAGUGCUGACAGCGAUGGCCAAUGCCUUCUAUUCCCUCUACUCCCACGUGUCCCGUACCCCUCUGCAGAAACUGGAAACGCCGGAGUUCACCUUCUGCUCCUCUCCUGUGGAGAGGAUGGAGCGCUUCAGAAGCAGCAUUCGCAGUGAGCCUCGCUCCCCAGUGGAGAGGCUGAAGGACACCGUGAACAAGAUGUGCCUGUACCCCGGCUCUCCCCGCGGGUCCGACUCCACCUCCCCGCAGCCCUCACCCAGAAAAAGAUCCAGUCUUCCCGAGAUCCUUUAUGAAGUCUUUAAAAACAAGACUGCGGCGGCCAAGAAGCUGGAUUUAGGGGAACACGAGAGCGACAAAACCAAGCAGAGUGUGGCGGAUGCAGAUAGUGUUGGGAAUGAAAAUAAGGUGGAAGACAAACCUUUAGAGACUGAGAGCAGCGGGGAAAGCUGCAUCAAGCAGACUGAAUUUGACAGCAGGACUGUGAGAACGUCUCCACCGUCAGCGUUAUCAAGAGAAACCGUGAUAGAGACGGGACAGCAGUUUGUUUCCUGCCGUGCAGAAUCGGACUCACAUUUGCCACAUGACACAAAGAUAGCGGAGCUGAGGCCUGUUGCUAAGGUUACAUACGAUCUAAUCUGCCCACAGAUAACCGAGAGCGUGCAUCAGGCACGUUUCUGCUGUCAGAACACUCAAAGUUUACCUCAUAUCUCUUCUGAGGCAGAAAGCAAGGAUAAAAGUCGGCCACACGAACCUCAGACACAAGCUGCAACCUCUGACGACGUUUGUACAGAAGUAGCCACUGGUGAGGAGGCAUUAACAGCUCCUGUCCAGGAGAACAGAUGCAGAGACGCUCAGUGCAGCAUCACAGUGACUGGCUGGGAAGGAGACGAUGCCUCCUGCUCUCUGAAUACAGCCGCUCAUGCUUCACCGCUUCAGACGUGUGAGAGACAGUUCCUGAAUCCACAUGACGGCCUGGGCCGCCUCGCCACUAACCUGCAGCAGGUCAACUCCUUUGAACUGGAGGAGGUUCAUAGUGCAGGAGAGGAAGAUUUUGGACACCCAGCAACUACAAGAGGAGCAACCUCACCCUCGUCCAUCCAACAUCACCGCAAAGGCGAAGUGGUCCGAGGAGACAGCGUGCAGUCAGACAGCAGCGGUUACGCAGACGAGGAAGUCGGCCCUCAGUCGGGCAGACACACUUGAUGGCUGAAAACCACAUCGGCAGUCAUGUUUCUCAUAUGAAAAUAUGGUCCUACCCUGAAAUGUUGAACUUUGUUGCAAAACUGACUUGGCUUGACAUCCAAGCAAUGGAAGAGCUGAAAGGUUAGAAAUGCUCGUUAAAUAAUCUAUUCUUCCAACAGGAAAGGUUUUAAGCAUUAUCAUUAAACUCUACGUUGGGUGUCAGUCUUGUGUGAUUGUGUAAGUUAAGGCAUGAAAUUGAUGCAUUACCCAUCUUAACAUACUGCAAGGACCUGUGGGUGAGGAUAUUUAUCAGAUCUGUGUGUUUACCAGAAACAUCUUUAUUCUCACUGACAGGAUUUUCUCUAUAAUGCUAUAUCUAUAAAGGCUGGAUACACUGAUAUUGGCUUAAAUCACUCCCAAAAACCUGGAAAAGGCUGGUCAAGAAGAUGCAUGAAACUUAAAGGGGAAUCAUAGCAUACAUAAUAUUCAUAUCUAUGAAUACUGUAUUCAUUUUAUUAUAAAGUUAACAUUUGCAGGGGUUGUAAUGGGUAUCAAACAGAAGAGGCUCCAUUUAAUUAUUCCUACUGCAAAGUGGAUAAAAUGUGUCUCCCUACACUGAUUAAAGCUACUUCAUCUGCUGUUCACACAAAACACAUUAAAUACAUAAAAGGUUCUGAAUCUGAAGAAAGCUGAACUGUUACCCCUAGUGUAGUUUAUUUAGAAAGCGCUUUUCUCAGAUAACAAUCACAAAGUGCUGUACAGAACACCCCUCGUGUAUUGAGAGUGAAAGUUUUGGCUCUGAACUCCGACAGUAAUUUUUGUAGCUGUCCACAUUCACAUUUCAUAUUGUAGAAUUCAAAAAGAUGUGAAUCUUAAAGGUCCAUAUAUAAACAAUAAAUCUUUGAAAAUAAGAUAUUCUUUGGGGGGUUGGGGGGAUAUGAUAUGAAGGAAGAAAAAGGAUUUCUCCUGCAGAUUGAUUAAAGCUACUUCC